AGGAGAGCCCUUGCAAAUGUGAACUGGGAAGGCGAUUGAUUCCAACUCACGCUUAGGGAAAUUAAGAGGUUGCGAUAGUGUGUGCGCUGGUACUACAUGCCAGAGAUCUGUCUAGCUGAAGUAAUUGCAUUUUUUUGUUCUGAUUAUUGAAUAGGAACAGAAUCACGCGAAUAUGACCACGUUAUCUCUUCUGGUCAUAGCUAUUUCGGCUGCGGUGCUAGCAGCAGACUCGUCAGUGUAUCUGCGAGAACAGUUUGACGAUGGGGAUGCGUGGAAGAGCCGGUGGACCGAAUCUAAACACAAGUCCGACUAUGGGAAGUUUGUUCUGUCUGCUGGAAAAUUCUAUGGGGACGCAGAGAAAGAUAAAGGCCUCCAGACCAGCCAGGACGCCCGCUUCUACGCCCUCUCGACGCGCUUUGAUGAUGUCAGCAACAAGGGCCAGCCGCUGGUCAUCCAGUUCACGGUGAAGCACGAGCAGAACAUCGACUGCGGCGGUGGAUACAUCAAACUCUUCCCAUCAUCCCUCAACCAGGAGGAGAUGCACGGAGACUCAGAAUACAACAUCAUGUUUGGACCUGACAUCUGUGGGCCCGGCACUAAGAAGGUGCACGUCAUCUUCAACUACAAGGGCAAGAACCACCUUAUCAACAAGGACGUCAGGUGCAAGGAUGAUGAGUACACCCACCUGUACACGCUGGUGGUGAACCCGGACAACACGUAUGAGGUGAAGAUUGACAAUAAGAAGGUGGAGUCUGGCUCCCUGGAGGAGGAUUGGGACUUCCUGCCCCCCAAGAAGGUCAAGGACCCCGAGGCCAAGAAGCCAGAGGACUGGGACGAGCGCGAGAAGAUCGACGACCCUGAGGACACUAAGCCUGAGGACUGGGACAAGGCAGAGAACAUCCCCGACCCUGAUGCCAAGAAGCCUGACGACUGGGACGAUGAGAUGGACGGAGAGUGGGAACCACCCAUGAUCACCAACCCAGAGUACAAGGGCGAGUGGAAACCUAAGCAGAUUGAUAACCCGGCCUACAAGGGCAAGUGGGUGCACCCCGAGAUCGACAACCCCGAGUACACUGCCGACGCAGAGAUCUACAAGUACGACAGCAUCGGCGUCAUCGGACUCGACCUGUGGCAGGUGAAGUCUGGCACCAUCUUUGAUAACUUCCUGGUCACCAACGACCCCAAAGUGGCUGAGGAGAUCGGAGAGGAGACGUGGGGCGCCACCAAGGCUCCAGAGAAGAAGAUGAAGGAAGGACAGGAGGAGGAGGAGAGGAAGAAGAGAGAGGAGGAGGAGGCCAAGAGGAAGGAUGAGGCCAAGGAUGAAGAGGAGGAGGAGGAUGAGAAGGAGGACGAGGAGGAAGAAGAAGAAGAAGAGGAGGAAGAGGAAGAGGAGGAGAAAGAAGAGGACACAGACUCUGUGAAGGACGAGUUAUAGAGGAGACGCAGGACUGGAGGCGAGCGAGGCCCAUCGGGGUGGGGGGGUGAUGUCCAUCAAAUCGGGGG